UUUAAGUCGCGUUUUUCUAUCUCAGAGCGGUUGUGUCCUAGCUACAGCAACAAUUGGCUUUCUUCGUCCAUAUCCGACUUUCUUAUUGUUUGCGAUCAAAUACGAGAAUUUUGAAAACCCCGUAGCUCAGUAAGCCUAAGUAAACUCAAUUGGCAGGUUGAAAGACUACGUUGAAAGAAAGGGUGUGAAUCAAACUUUGAAGCGUGAAGGAAAGAACUAUGGAAUAAUUGGGAGCACAAACAUUCAUGUUUAGAGGUUUUCAUUUAUUGUGAAUUGGUAAUUGUAAUAGAAACGGUUUGGAAAAAGACAAAAUUAGCAACUUUCAAAGAUGGUUGUCAAUAACCAAAUGAAAGGGCUGAAAACCUUUAUUUCAGACUUAAGGAAUCUAAAGGAGAAAGAUGAGGAAAAACGCGUAAAUAUAGAAUUGGCUAAGAUCCGAGCUAAAUUUCAAAGUUCGACGCUUUCUGCUUACGAUCGAAAAAAGUAUGUUAGUAAACUCUUGUAUAUAUACAUGUUGGGAUACCCUAUAUCUUUUGGUCACUUAGAGGCUGUCAAGCUUCUUACCGCUGCAAAGUAUAGCGAAAAGCAAAUUGGAUAUCUGGCGGUUGCUCUGCUGCUGAACGAAAACCAUGAUUUAAUUAGAUUGGUCAUUAAUAGCAUCAAGAAGGAUUUACUGAGUUUGGACUCAUACAAAAAUUCUAUAGCAUUACAUGCUGUCGCUAAUUUUGGCGGUCGUGAAAUGUGUGAGACAGUAUAUCCAGAAGUUCAGCAGCUGCUUAUGUCUGCCGCAACUGAGAAUAUUGUUCGUCAGAAGGCGGCUUUGUCUCUGCUUCAUAUAUAUAGAAAGUUUCCUGAUAUAAUGGAUCCAGACUUGCGAGAGCCCAUAAUUAUGCUCCUUGACGACGAUGACUUGAAUGUAUCCCUUGCAGUAUCAACAUUUGUGCUCUUGAUUGUCUGCAGAGAACCAUCCCUACACAACCUUGUUUGUAAAAAGGCAAUUCAUAAACUAAAAUUGAUUGUUUCCGGAAGGGGAUACUCAUCGGACUAUGUUUAUUAUUCUGUUCCAUGUCCCUGGUUACAAGUUAAUCUUUGCCGCAUAUUGCUGGCUUGCCAUAAAGAGGUGAUUGAUGAUAGUACAAAGCGUACUCUCAUUCAUGUUUUAGACCGAAUGUUGAGCAUCUUUGACGAUAUUAAAGAGACUCAGCAUCUCAAUGCGAUCAAUGCUAUUCUUUUUGAAGCGAUAAAACUUGCAUUCGCUAUUGAUGAUUCUGGUUCUCUUUAUCAAAAAUGCAUGAAUUGCCUUGGUAAGAUGAUUGCCGACAAAGAAGCAAAUGUACGAUAUCUAGCGUUUGAUACUACAGCUUACUUAAUUUCAUGCGGGCAUCAUAUACCUUCUCUUAAAACACACAAAGAACUUAUACUAUCUUCACUACGUUAUAAAGACGUCUCUCUUCGUAAGAAAAGUUUAGAACUUUUGUAUAUGAUGUGCGACGCUGAAAAUUCUAAAUCUGUAGUGGAUGAUUUACUGAUGUACCUACCCUAUCUUGAUUCUGUUUCUCAGGAGGAUCUAAUUUCUAAAGUCGCCUCUCUUACUGAGAUCUAUGCUGACGAUUAUAAGUGGUAUGUGGAUGUCAAUUUACAACUGCUUCGUGUUGCUGGAAGAUCUGUGAACGAUGAUGUUUGGCAUCAGUUUGUUCGUGUUAUCGUGAACAAUGAAAGUACUCAGCAAUAUUCCGUCCGUAGACUUUUCAAAUUACUACAAUCAGAUUCAACUCAUGAGUGUCUAGUAAGAAGUGGUUGCUAUCUGUUGGGGGAAUAUGGGUAUUUAAUUGCGGAUGAGCCAGAAAGCGGACCUCUGCAGCAAUUUCUAACCGUCUAUAAGAAAUUGCAUGCGUCUUCUACAAGAACGAAAGUUCUUUUACUGACAGUAUUACUAAAAUUGUCGAAUUUACAGCCUGAUUUGCAGAAACGCGUUGCAUCAGUUUUUAAGCAAUAUUCUGUUAGCUUGAAUACUGAGAUACAGCAGCGAGCUUGUGAAUAUUUACAGCUUUUAAGUCUGCCAAGUGACUUUUUAUCUAUUGUUUGUGAAAAAGUUCCUGUUUUCACGAUCCCAGCGAAAAGCCAACCGUCCUCUUUUAUUAGCAAGUCGGAUGUUUCACUAACUGAUUCUCUAAACUCAGUUAAGGAAUUUGAUAUUUCUUCUAGCCUUUCUGGAUUUUACCGUCUAUGCUGGAGAGACAAAGGUAUAUUGUAUAGGGACUCUCAAGUUCAAGUGGGUGCCGUCAUGGAAUUUCAUGAUUCACAAGGGUAUCUUUCAUUGUAUUUUGAGAACAGGCAAAAAGAAACGUUUAGCUCGUUUUCAGCUACUUUACUUAGGACAUUUCCCAAUUUUCAGGUGGAUGCUUCUUUCACUGAUUCCAUUUUCUCUCCAGAUAAACAAUUGCAGCAGAGGUUUUCGAUUGAUCGACUUGAUGGAUUAUUUGAUCCCCCUAUUUUGCGCAUAUCAUUUUUGGCAGGUGUAAUGAGAUCAGUCAAUCUAUUACUGCCUGUCGUUUUGAGCAAAUUUAUGCUACCGACGGUCUUUGAUGGCUCUACCUUCUUCCAAAGAUGGGGAAAAAUGGGUUUGGAACGAGAAGCUCAAUUGACCUAUGGCUUAAAUGGUGUGCACAGUAAACUUGAUGAAAGACGAUUAGUGAAGAUUAUUCUUGGACUUAAUUGGGGAUUAUGUCCAGGAAUUGAUAUGAAUCCUACUAACAUUGUUGGUGCCGGCAUUCUCCAAGUGAAUGCUCAGAAUAUUGGAUGUUUACUUCGACUCGAACCGAAUUAUCAGAAAAAUAUGAUUCGUCUAUCUAUUCGUUCGACGAAUACGACUGUUGCGAACGUCCUGGCCACAAAUAUGCAAGAUAUUUUAAAAAAUUCAUUUCAUUCAGAAGCAUGAAAACCGAUCUUUUACGCUUUUAUAUUUAUUUAAUUCCAACCGCCGAGAUCAUGCUGAAACCGUUAAUGCAUUGAAAUAAUAUUCUACAAUCAGUUUCUCGAAAAAAAAAAAAAAAAAAAGAAAAAAAGCAGCACAUCCUCUCUGCAAGCCUUUAACUUUAUGAAUGAAUCUUCCAUUGUAUAUCAAAAGCGCCAAUAGUAUAUUCUAUAUGUUCAAUGGGCAAAUCGACCUCAUAGAGUUUAUUUAUAUUUAUUAUACUACAUUUUUUACUGUUGAAUAAUAGCAACGUUUGUGGUAAAAAUUGAAAUAUACCUAUAUUACUGACCUUCAUUUAAAUGUAAAUAAGA